CCUUUCUCUCAUGCUCCUCUUUUGGGAACUGCCUGGCACUGACGCCAGGAGGACGGGCCGGCCUGUGUGGAGGCUGGGUCCCAGGCUGCUCUGAGCCCACUCCAGCACAGAGGAGAGCCAGCCAUGGCAGAGGAGGUAUGGGUAGGCAACUGGAGGCCCCAUCGCCCCCGGGGGCCCAUCAUGGCCCUCUACAGCAGCCCAGGACCCAAGUACCUGAUUCCACCCACCACGGGCUUUGUGAAGCAUACACCCACCAAGCUGAGGGCACCAGCCUACAGCUUCCGUGGGGCUCCCAUGCUCCUGGCAGAGAACUGCUCCCCAGGACCCCGUUAUAGUGUGAACCCCAAGAUUCUAAGAACUGGCAAGGAUCUCGGUCCCACCUACUCCAUCCUGGGGCGCUAUCACACCAAGAACAUCUUGACCCCUGGCCCGGGUGACUACUUUCCAGAGAAAUCUACCAAGCAUGUGUUUGACUCAGCGCCCAGCCACUCCAUCUCUGCGCGGACCAAGACCUUCCGAGUGGAUAGCACCCCAGGCCCUGCUGCAUACAUGCUGCCAGUGGUGAUGGGACCACACACGGUGGGCAAGGUCUCCCAGCCCUCCUUCUCCAUCAAGGGCCGCAGCAAGCUGGGAAGCUUCAGUGAUGACCUGCACAAGACCCCAGGUCCCGCAGCAUAUCGCCAGACUGAUGUACAGGUGACCAAGUUCAAGGCUCCACAGUACACCAUGGCUGCCCGGGUAGAGCCACCAGGAGACAAGACCCUCAAGCCAGGACCAGGCGCUCACAGUCCUGAGAAGGUGACCCUGACCAAACCCUGUGCCCCUAUCGUCACCUUCGGCAUCAGGCACUCUGACUACAUGACUCCUCUGGUUGUGGAUGUGGAAUAG